AAACUAAAAUCGAUAACGACGGUUUAUAUUCUACUUACUCAGAAAUUCCUGCCGACGAAAAGUGGUCAGGUUCUCAAAGAUUAGAAUGUGAGAUUGAUUAUCCUUUGCUUUAUAAUCAAUUUCAGUUAUUAACAAUGAAGCAGAAAAUAGAUCAGAUAGUUCUAUUGAAGGAUGUUAUACAUAUAAUUAAAUGCAAGUUUAAUAAGAAAUUUAAUGAGAUGUACGAAGAAAAGAAAGAUAAAAUGACAAAAACAAAAGAAAUGAACCAGCGAAUUGAAGAAAUUAAUAAAGAAUUGGAAAUAGAUGACAAAGUAUGGACUCCAGAAUGGAAAUCUGAUGAAAAUCCACAGUUUCUCUUUGAAGUGGAACCUGAGGAGCUAUCAUCUAAAAGAAUGCAGUCUGUUGUAGAGCAUAAUGAAAAGAAACAAUCUGAAGAUAUUAUGGAUGAAACAUUCCAAGAAAAAAUUUGGAGAGAAAAAAUUCUUUAUAAAUCAUUAUAUGGAUUAGUGGAAACAAAAAUUGACCAGCAACUAAAAAGGACUCCGGAGCCAUCGGAAUUUAUUUCGAACAAGAAAGUCGAAAAUUUUACACAAGAAGAAUUAGAAGUGAAAGAAUUUCAAAACACAUUUGACAGAUUACAGAGUUUGGAAAUGUAUAAGCAUCAUCUGGAAUCAGAAAAACAAAGAUUAAAAGAUAGCAUACAAAAGAUCACGACUAGUUUUGACGAAGAAUUAAACGAAUUAAAAAAGCAAAAAUUAUUUACGGUUAAUGUAAUUUAUCAAGAAGAAUUUCUUAUUUGUAAUUUAUUGUUAAGUAUUGUUACUGAAAAUGAACUUAUGAAAUGGGAUUGUUAUAUCAAACAUAAAAUUGAAGAAAAUCAAAGAGAACAGCAAAAUACAAAAUUUUUAAUACGAAAAGCUGAAAAUUUGGAAAAGAUUAUAAGUGAGAAACUUCAAAUGUGUCAGCAUCAAGAUAAAACUGUUGAAUCUUGUGCUAAAAAAGAGUUAAAGACUCUGUAUCAUGGAGAACUUUACACCUACUAUAAGAAAAAACCAAAAAAUAUUCACAAAAGUAAUUUAAUUUCAAAAUCGGGAAAUCCGUAUUACGAACCGGAUUCCAAACAGUUUUUCUUGAGUAUUUCAGAGCAUUCUACAGUCUCUAGUGCUUUGGAGGAAACCAGACCAGAUUUUAUUUCCUUAGAAAAUUGGGAGAAAAUGUGCCAUUUGCGACAGCAGAAAUUUAAAGCGGAGUUAGAAGUGCAAGAACAAAUGCACGCAUAUACAGAUAUAAUACAAUACACAAAGAAACAACAGCAGAAAUUAACAAAAUUUCAAGAAAAGUCACAUAAAAUGUACACUGAGAGAAAUAGAGUAUUAGGAUUAAUAGAUAAUAUUAGAAACAAUGUCCAAAUACAAUUAAUACUACCGUACGGGAAUGUGGAAGUAGAAGGAGUGGACGUCUUACCCGAUUUAUCAAAAGCCAAUUUGCUGCACGUAACCGUCAUCGAUAAGCUGAAUAAAGAAAUAAAAAAUUUAGGAGAAAUCAAAAUAAAUUCGAUAAUAAAAAGUGCAGGCAUAUUAGAAAAUGUCGAUUUACUGCAAACAAAACGUAACAAAUUAGAAACUGAAGUAGACAGACUGGACAAAUAUCUGAAAAAUGUGGAUCAUUUUACCUUGACGCGUAUAAUACGCAGAUUUUUAAUGGGAGAAAAAAUCGAUUCAAUAAAUGUCAAGAAGGAAAAAGUCAUCCAGUUGACGAAUAUGAAAGAAAAGCUGCACGAAAAGCAAUGCAAACAGUGUCGGGAUACUUGCGACAAAAUAAAUCAAGACAUAAAGAAGUUACAAAAUCACAACGACCAACUUCAGAAACAGAUCGAUAUUCUGUAUAGAGAAGUGACAGAGAUGGAACUAAUAUAUGAAAAUAACAGCGAAUAUUAACUUGGUUAUAUGAUAUAAUUUGCAAUAAACUUUGCAGAAAACUUUUCUCAUUAAUCAAUAAUACUUGUAAGAGUAUUCUCGAUUUAUGAGAAAAUAAAAAGAGAAUAUAUCGCAAAAAUAAUAAUUCUAUUCUAUUGCUUGUAUUAUUUAUAUAAAAAAUGAUAUUGUUUGAAAGCAAAGAUAUAUAUAUAAAAAAAUAUUUGUUUCAAAAUGUUUGAUUUUUACAUAAUUAAUAAUUAUUUAAAGCCUAUAUUUAAUUAUUAGUUUACAAAGAAAAAACAAACAAUUGUAAGUAGUUAGACUGUAAAGCUUGUUAAUAAAAUUCCUAAUUUUGUUCUUUUUGUAAUAAUACUAAAUAUUUAAAUUGUUAUUAAACAGUAAUAAUAAUACAUUAACACAUUUUCUGCUUUUUGAUCUGUAAGUACAAUGCAAAACCGUGUAAUUGCAAAUGCACCUGCCGCAUUUGCAAAUUACAAAUGUAAAACCUCCACAAUAUAAAGCAAAACACUUUUAUAUAUAUAUAUAUUUAUAAGCAAUUAUUAAAGCUAGAAAUAAAAAAUCCAGCAACUAGUUGUUUAACUUUCCCCGGCAACAUUUGUUGGUGCCAUCUGUUAUCAUAUUUUAUUUUAAAUAUUUUAUAAAAUGGCACAAAGUUGAAUUUUCUGGGUAGCGACGGGUUU